AGUCUGCUGAUGGACAGUGACACGGUGGAGCUGUGGAGGAGCCUGGGGAGAAGCAUCCUUGGGAUUCGGAUCCUGAGGUGCUUAGUGGAGAAACUAAACAGAGCAGGAAACCACCGCCUGGGGACGGACUCCUCCACUUGUAAGCGGCACAACCGUCAGACGGCUGUGGAGACUCUGACGAUCACCCGUGCCAUCUCCGAGGUGGUGCUUGCCCUGAGGAGCACGGAGGAGCUCAGGCGACUGCUUCCCCACCUCCUUCCCAGCCUCCUCAGGUGGGCCAGUGAAAUGCUGGGUGGGGAGAGGCUGCUUUUGCUCAUGAGCACCUGGAGAGAACUGUUCCUCGAGUGCCACAUGCACGUGGAGAAGCCGUGCAGGGUUUUCCUUUCAGCUCUAGAGUUGGUGCUGGGCAAAUGCAUGGCGCAGAAAUGGACGCAGCUGCUCGUGAAUCGGGGAGUGUGGGCUCGCCUGGAAGACCCCCUGGCUCACCCUGGGGGGGUGCGUCUCCUGAGCAGCGUCCUGCUCCACGCUGGGCUCGUCUCCCCCUGUCUGGUGAAGAACCUCUUGCCGUGGCUGGGUUCCUGCUCAGUUAAACUGCGGGUGACAGCUACAGCUUUCUUUGCUGAGAUCUCUCGGGGCGGCAGGACGACAGGGACCUCCGAGUGAGGCAGGCACCAGAGGAAUCCCUCCGCAAUACCUGGCCCCAGCCAGCACCACGGAGUUAAUUAAAGCUCAUCAAAAGACA